AUGUUCGCGGCUCGCGCCACAAACGCCUCGCCAGCCCGUCUGGCGAGCGCCCUCCGUGGCGGUCCUAUUCGCCAAGCUGGUCGAUCGCUGCGCGCCACCUCGUCUGCUUCCACUUCUUCGCUCUCUACACUUGCGACACGCAGCUACCUCCCGAGCAGCCGAGUCAGCACCGUUGGCCGUUCCUCCCUAGGGCUCGCCUUUUCGACAACGCCAGCUGCUCGCCAGGCCACGCCCGUCGAGGAGGGUGACGGCGAGCCGUUCGAUCUCAACACAGUAGAGCGAGUCUCGGACGAGGUCGACGUCAUCAUUGUCGGUGGCGGCCCCGCGGGUCUCAGUGCUGCCAUCAAGAUCAAGCAGCUCGCUGAAGAACGUGGCGAGGAGAUCCGUGUCGUGGUCCUCGAAAAGGGGCCCGAGGUCGGCAAUCACAUUCUUUCAGGCGCUGUCAUCCAGACCAACGCCCUCGAUGAGCUCCUGCCGGACUGGAAAGAACUCGGCGCGCCGCUCAACCAGCCCGCUCUCGAGGAUCACAUGCGCUUCCUCACACCCACCGGCUCCAUCCCCAUGCCGCAUCCUCCUCAGAUGUCCAACAAGGGCAACUACAUUGUCUCGCUCUCGCGCGUCGUCGCGUGGUUGGGCGAGCAGGCCGAAGCGGCCGGUGUCGAAAUCUACCCCGGUUUCGCCGCCGCACAGCCCUUGUGGCAGCUGGACGACAGCGGCAAGCCCAUCGGUAUCAAGGGUGUCAUCACCAACGAGAUUGGCCUCGACAAGUCGCGCAAGCCCAAGGACUCCUUCGAGCCGGGUAUGGAAUUCCACGCGCCCAUCACGCUGUUUGCUGAAGGUGCGCACGGCUCCAUGACGCAAAAAAUGAUCAAGCAGCUCGGCCUUCGGGACGCCGUCGGCGCCGAUCCGCAGACGUACGGUCUUGGAGUGAAGGAGGUGUGGCGAGUCAAGCCCGAGAAGCACCAGGCUGGUUUGGUCACUCACACCAUGGGCUGGCCUCUCGAUACGAGCACCUACGGAGGCAGCUGGACCUACCACAUGGAAGACAACAUGGUCUCCAUUGGUCUCGUCGUCGGUCUCGACUACCCGAACCCAUACCUCAGCCCCUUCCGCGAGUUCCAGCGCAUGAAGCACCACCCCUUCUUCAAGGAUCUGCUUGAGGACGGUGAAUGCCUCGCUUACGGUGCCAGGACGCUGAACGAGGGUGGCUACCAGUCGAUCCCAAAACUGCACUUCCCUGGUGGUGCGUUGGUCGGCUGCGCUGCCGGUUUCCUGAAUGUGCCCAAGAUCAAGGGCACGCACAACGCCAUGAAGUCCGGAAUGGUUGCUGCCGAGGCCGUCGUCGAAGCACUGGCCAAACGUGCCGAGUCGGGUUCGGAGGAGUCGAUCGACCUGGCCGACUACAAGACGCGUCUCGACGACACGUACGUCAUGAAGGAGCUGUACGAGGUGCGCAACCUGCGACCGUCGUUCCACGGCCCGCUCGGCUUCUGGGGAGGCCUCGCCUACUCGGGUCUCGACUCGAUGAUCCUCAAGGGCCGUGUGCCUUGGACGUUCCACCACCCGGGCGAGGACCACGCGCAGACCAAGCCCGCAGCGCAGUGCGAGCCCAUCGAAUACCCGAAACCAGAUGGCAAGCUGUCGUUUGACAUCCUCACCUCGGUCUCGAGGACGGGUACCAACCACGCCGAGGACCAGCCUGUGCAUCUUGUCGUCAAGGACGGAGACUACAAGGCACACGUCGAGAAGAACGUUGGCACCUUUGAGGGGCCGCUCGGCCGAUGCUGCCCCGCUGGCGUUUACGAGUACGUCGAGGCCGACACGCCGGAUCAGGAGGAUGCGCUGGGCAAGAAGCUCGUCAUCAACUCGCAGAACUGCAUCCACUGCUACACGUGCUCGAUUAAGACGCCUGAUCAGAGCAUUCGAUGGGACGUGCCCGAGGGCGGAGGAGGUCCUAAGUACUCGCUGACCUAA